GCAGCGGCUGAGGCUGAGGCUGCGGCUGCAGAGGCCACUGGGGCGCCGACUGGGUGGCCGGCGACCCUCUCUGCCCUCGUGCAGCCUCUUCACACAGACCCGCACUCCCCGGGCAGCGGGGACCUCGGUGCUCAGCCCGCCAGCGAGCUGCGGUGGGCACACCCUGGAGCUGCGGUGACAGCGGACAGGUUAGAGUGGGGGCAGGGGAGGGCGUGGGAACAGCCCAGGGCCAGAGAAGGAGUCCAAGCCGGACAAUCUCCAGCCAUGUCCGACGAGGCGUCAGCCACCACUUCCUACGAGAAGUUCCUAACCCCGGAGGAGCCCUUCCCGCUCCUGGGACCCCCUCGCGGGGUGGGCACCUGCCCCAGCGAGGAGCCAGGCUGCCUGGACAUCAGCGACUUUGGCUGCCAGCUGUCCUCCUGCCAUCGCACCGACCCGCUCCACCGCUUCCAUACCAACAGGUGGAACCUAACUUCGUGUGGAACAAGUGUUGCCAGCUCAGAAUGCAGUGAGGAGCUAUUUUCAUCAGUUUCUGUUGGAGAUCAAGAUGAUUGCUAUUCCCUGUUAGAUGAUCAAGACUUCACUUCUUUUGAUUUGUUCCCUGAGGGGAGUGUCUGCAGUGAUGUGUCUUCUUCUAUUAGUACUUACUGGGAUUGGUCAGAUAGUGAAUUUGAAUGGCAGUUACCAGGCAGUGACAUUGCCAGUGGAAGUGAUGUACUUUCUGAUGUCAUACCCAGUAUUCCAAGUUCACCUUGCCUGCUUCCUAAAAAGAAAAACAAGCACCGAAAUUUAGAUGAACUUCCUUGGAGUGCAAUGACAAAUGAUGAACAGGUGGAAUAUAUUGAAUAUCUGAGCCGAAAAGUCAGUACUGAGAUGGGCCUUCGGGAACAACUUGAUAUUAUUAAAAUCAUUGAUCCUUCUGCUCAAAUCUCCCCUACAGACAGUGAGUUUAUCAUUGAACUUAACUGUCUCACAGAUGAAAAACUGAAGCAGGUCAGAAACUAUAUCAAGGAGCAUAGUCCUCGCCAGCGGCCUGCCAGAGAGGCCUGGAAGAGAAGCAACUUUAGUUGUGCAAGCACUAGUGGAGUGAGCGGUGCCAGUGCCAGUGCCAGCAGCAGCAGUGCCAGCAUGGUCAGUUCUGCAAGCAGCAGUGGGUCCAGUGUUGGAAACUCUGCUUCAAACUCCAGUGCCAACAUGAGUCGAGCACACAGUGACAGCAACCUGUCUGCAAGUGCAGCAGAGCGGAUUCGGGAUUCAAAAAAACGAUCUAAGCAGCGGAAGUUACAGCAGAAGGCCUUUCGCAAGAGGCAGCUGAAGGAGCAGAGGCAGGCCCGGAAGGAGAGGCUUAGUGGGCUCUUCCUUAAUGAAGAAGUGCUGUCCUUGAAAGUGACUGAGGAAGACCAUGAAGCAGAUGUUGAUGUUUUGAUGUAAUAAGGAUGAAUUUAUCAGCGUUCUUUCUAAGCAUUAUUCUAUCCUUAUUGGUUUACAUGCAUCUUGACCAAAAUUUUGGUUAGGGCUGUGCUGAUAUACCAUUAGUAACUUAGGCCAGUGAUUCUCAGAGGGUGGUCCCAGGAACUGCAACUUUAGCAUCACCUGAGAAAUUAUUAGGAUUGCUUACUAUCAGCCCCACUCCAGACCCAGUGAGUCAGAAACGCUGGGGGAGUAGCCCAGCAUUGUGUUUUUCAACCAGUGCCAGGCUGUUCUGAUGUGCAUUCUGGUUUAAGAACCACUGGUUUAAGUAAAUAUUUUGACUAUUUAAACUUUAUGGUAGUUAAGUGGGUUUUUUUCAAAGACUAGUACUUUUUAGGAGAUUUUACUUCAUGGUACUGCUGACAAGUAGUUUGUUAUGUACAUGUGUAUAGAUCAUAAUUCAGUCCCUCUCCCCUUUUUUGUGGUGCUUGGGAUCAAACCCAGGGCCUCACGCAUGCCAGGCAAGUGCUCUACCACUGAGCCAUAUCCCUAGCCCCUUAGUUCCCUUCUUAAUGUUAAGAUUUCUUAGUUUACUUUUUCUAAAGGGCCAUAGCAUAAUUCUCAAUUCCUUGUGGGAAUCUUUCUUGAAGCGGGGGUGGGGUAGAGUAGGGGUGUGUGUAAAGUGUGGAUUGCUGUUUACUAUAGUGCCUUCAUUAGAUUUAGUUCUAUUUGUUUUCAUUCAUUGUUAACUCAAAGGUGUAAAAGAACAGGCCCUACUCUUUUUUUCCAGUUAGGUUUUUUGUUUUCAUUUUUCCCUUUAGGUAAAAUUGAAUCCUUUCUGCAAAUGAUAACUACUGAGGAUAUAACGUUAGUAGUAGCUGAAUUGUAGACUUGAUGCUGUUGAUUCAUAUGCAAGUAGAGAAAGCAAUUAAGCAGAACAAUUGAUUCUAUUUUCCCAUUGCUUUCUGAAAUUUUAGGCUGCAAAAUUGUCUCAAAGAUAGAAAAUCUCUCUCCUCUUGCUCCCCUUCCCCUUAUCAUUCUCUGUUUCUCAAGUUCUUUUUGUGGGUCAUUUUUCAUCCAGCACAGCUCUAAUUUUUAAAUAUUUGGUGUAACAGCUUCAGGCAUGUGAACAAGUUAAUGUUCAAAAGUAACUGAUGACAGACAGCCUUUAGAGUUCUGCUAAAUUUCUCUAUAAAUUGCUGUAAGUACACAGAUCAGUGAGUUACAGAAAACACCUUAAUUUGUUGGUUAUUAAUAGAACUCUAAAUUUAAAUGUGAAAUCAUGUAGAUUCUUUAAAUGUUUUCACAGAGAAUUUAUUACAGAUUUAGAAAUAGAGUGAUUCCUUUUCUUCUACUACAUGUCUUUGAACAUGCACAUGAGUUAAAGAAGAUGGAAAGUGAUACUACUGACAAUCAAGCUGCUUUUCGACUUUCAUAAUUUUCUUUUUAUAGUGAAUAACAUUUAGGAGGUAAUCUUGAUUCUGUAGGAAGAGUCAUAAUCAAUAUUUUUUUAAACUCUAGAGUCCAGAGGUUAAUAGAAUUUCUACUUCUUUUUAACAUUAGCUCAUUAAAAAAUAGAUCAACUUAAAUUCUUAAUUCUCAGUUGUUAUAAGUCUUAAACUUCACUGUAAUCAUUUGUUUUGAAAUUUUGAUUUCAUUUUGAUUCCUUGUAGGUUAAAGAAUUGAAACUGAGGAUAAAAUUAAUACAUUGCAGUUUUGCGAGGUCUGUGAUUUAGUGGUAACCUUUUGAAGACUACUUCUAAAGUCAGAAUGUAAAAGUUUACUAAAAUAAAAUCAUAUGUGUA